ACAGAUGACUGGCCAAUGGUUUUGAAUUCGAAUCUCUUGUGUUGUGUUGAGAUGGUUGGCCACACGAUGUACACGGGUCCAGCAUCGUGGCGAUUAGCCUUCGUGACGACGGUGAUGACGAUUGUGGUCGUCACCGGCCAGCAAGCCUAUUUCAAUGGGACGCAAGAAACGGUCGUGACCAGCGUCACCUUUCCACCGACGUCUGCCCAGACGUAUCACCUGGGAUUCAGUUUCCGCACUUGCGGCUCGCCAACCACCGGCACCAUUUUAUCGCAGGUGAUGGCUGCCGAUCGGCUGAGUGUGUCCCUGCUGCCAGCCAAUGAGGGCGGGCGGUUGAGUUUGAGCCUGUCGGCCGAUUCCAACGACUUCACGACCGAAGCCGGUUUUGAUUUGGCCGACAAUCGAUGGCACGAUGUCGAUUUCCGAUUUCACGAAGACUUUCUACAAAUCAGAUUAGAUGGCGAAUGGACGCAAGUGGUCAAUGCCAGUUUCGUUGUUCGUUCGCCACUUUUCCAACGAUCCAGCGGCGACAAUGCGGCCAAAUUGAUGACUAUCGGCACCGGAUUUUCCGGCUGUCUUUUAGAGGGACCCUCCUUCCCGCUGACAUCCAUCGACCAGCAUUUACAAGUCGCUAAUUGCCCCAUCCCAUUAGGCCACGAUGUUUGCAACAAUGUGACGAGCGAUCCAUGCUGGAACCGUCCUUGCCGGAAUUUUGGAAAAUGCUCGUCAUCGUCGAACAAUGAGGACGGCUUCGAAUGUCGCUGUUCGCUGCGCUACAUCGGCGAUCGUUGCCAACACGAUUUGGGCUCACUUUGCGAACGGCCAGAGUUCUCUUGCCUCAACGGCGGAUCGUGCCACGAACAUCCGACGGGCAACGGAACGUCCUGUAUCUGUCCGCCUAAUUUUUCCGGCUCUCUCUGCGAGAACGCCAUCGAUUUCCCGACGUGCAGCGGCGGCCAGUCGUGUCUCAACGGGGGCACGUGUUACCAGCAAUCGAACGGAGAUUCUUUGUGCGUCUGCCGGCCGGGAUUCAGCGGGUCCAGGUGUGCCGAUAACACGGACGAUUGUCUGCAUCCGUCCCUGUGUCAAAACGGAGGCACUUGCGUCGAUGGAAUUAAUAAUUUCACCUGCACCUGUAAUGGGUACCAAGGAGAGAGAUGCGAAACGAAAAUCAAUCAAUGUCUAUUGGGGCCGUGCCAAAAUGGAGCGACCUGUUUCGAUCGGUUCGGCAGUUACGUUUGCCAAUGUGUCGCCGGAUUCAGUGGCAUCAACUGCCAACUGGAAAUGUCCUCCAGGAUGUUGGUGGACGAUCCUUUGGUUGCGGCCGUUAUGGCCAAUUGCGAGCCUGAAUCUUGCCUAAACGGCGGGAUCUGCACCAGUAGCAGUUCGAACGGCAUCGAAUGUUUGUGUCUGCCCGGCUUUAGCGGCGCACGUUGCCAAACGGAAGUGGACGAUUGCCUGAACGUCACGUGUCCGGCCAAUUCACGUUGUACGGACACGGGUGUUGAUUCACAUCAGUGCGUUUGCCUCGCUGGAUUCGCCGGAACAGCAGCCACUGGAUGCGUCAACAUUGACGAAUGCGAACCCAAUCCGUGCCGGAAUAACGGCACCUGCACGGACCUGGUCAACGGCUUCGAAUGCACCUGUACGGGCACGGGAUUCAGCGGGAACGAUUGCUCACAAGAAGUGAACGAAUGCGAACCGUCGCCCUGUCUCAACGGCGCGACGUGCGUCGAUGGCGUCGGCAAUUAUUCCUGUCUCUGUCCGGCUGGAUACGAAGGACGCGAUUGCGAGACAGACGUCGAUGAAUGCCAAUUAGCUUCGACCCAGUGCGGAAUCCAUUCGACGACGUGCACUGACCUGAUCGGUGAUUAUCGGUGCGUUUGCGAAGCCGGCUGGACGGGACGUCAUUGCGAUUUCGAUAUCGACGAGUGCGCUGAUAGCCCCUGCUUGAAUAACGGCACGUGUCUCAACCAGCCGAACGCCUUCCAGUGCCAAUGCCUCAACGGCUUCCUGGGCGAACGAUGCGAGGUCAAUCGGGACGACUGUCUGCCCGAUUUAUGCCGCAAUAACGGCACGUGCAUCGAUCAAGUGGCCAAUUACACUUGCGCUUGUCCACCCGAAUUCAUGGGCCGUCAUUGUGAAGAAGAAUUUGACGCUUGUGCCAGCUCACCUUGCCAAAACGGCGCCAGUUGUAUCACCACCCGACCGCAAUCCAACUUUUACUGCGAAUGCCUACCAGGUUUCGAGGGAAUGUAUUGCGAGAACAACAUUGACGAGUGUUUCUCCGUCCAAUGCGUCGAUGGCAAACAAUGUUUCGAUUUGAUUAACGGCUACGAAUGUCGUUGCCCAACUGGAUUCACCGGUCAGCUCUGCUUGGAGAACAUCAACGACUGCGUGAGCAACCCGUGCCAAAACGGUGGCUCCUGCAUCGACGGUAUUGGCAACUACACUUGCUCCUGCCCUCCUGGCUUCACGGGCCGCAAUUGCUCCGAAGAUAUCGACGAAUGCACCGUCCUCAAACCUUGCGUCUACGGCAUUUGCCAAAACACCAUCGGAUCCUACCAGUGCUACUGCCGGCCCGGAUUCUCCGGAGACAAUUGCAACCUGGAGUUUGACGAGUGCCUGUCGCAUCCGUGCCGCAACAACGGAACGUGCAACAACCUCAUCAACGGCUACGAAUGCGUCUGCGCUCCAGGGUUCACGGGCAAAGAUUGCGACAUCAACAUCAACGAAUGCGAGUCGAAUCCGUGCCAGAACAACGGCACCUGCAUCGACGGAAUCGCCGCUUAUUCUUGCAUCUGUUUGGCCGGUUUCACUGGACCUCGUUGCGAGAUCAACAUCAACGAAUGCGAAUCCUCGCCUUGCCUCAACGACGGCUUGUGCCUGGACGGAGUCAAUUCGUACCAGUGCGACUGUAACGACACUGGAUUUCACGGCGUCCAUUGUGAAAUCAACGUCGACGAUUGCCAGAGCGCCCCUUGCGUCCACGGCUCCAACUGCGUCGAUCUCGUCAAGGAUUACCUGUGCCAAUGUCAUCCAGGCUACGAAGGCAAAAACUGCGAACAGGACAUUAAUGAAUGCGAGCCCGUCUCGCAACCCUGUCGCAACGGAGCCGAAUGUCUGGAGAAAUCCAACCGGACGCUCUACGAGCCUGGACAGGUGUUCGGAACGGAGCCGUUCAGCUACAACAUAUCGGGCGGUUACCUGUGCCGCUGUCUGCCCGGUUUCGAAGGUGUCGAUUGCCAAAUCAACAUUGACGAAUGCGCUUUAGCCACUGCCGCAUCGCCCAGGGGCCAGCCUCCUUGCAAAUUCGGUACCUGCCUGGACGGCAUCAACAAUUACACUUGCCAAUGUCUGGCCGGCUACGAAGGUGACGAUUGCGAGCUGGAAAUUGACGAAUGCGGCCGUUACGAGCCUUGCCAGAACGGCGCUACCUGUUUGGACCGUGUCGCCGACUACCAGUGCCUCUGCCCGGCCAAUUAUGGCGGCAAAAAUUGCUCAGUGGAACUGUUGGGUUGUAUCGACGUCUCUUGCCUUCAUGGCGGCACUUGCGCUCCUUACCUGGAAGACGAAUCGGUCCACAAAUUCACCUGCCAGUGCCCGUUCGGGUUCCACGGCCAGCUGUGCCAACACGCCACGACCAUGUCGUUCAACGGCUCGUCUUUCAUGCCCGUCCAAACGAAUCGCGAAGAAGGCUACGAUCUGAGUUUCCGCUUCCGUACGACUUUGCCCAACGGCCUUUUGGCCGUCGGCCAAGGGCAAACGUAUUACCGGCUGGAAUUGCUGGGCGGUCAGCUCAAUCUCCAUUCGAGUUUAUUGAAUAAAUGGGAGGGCGUCUUCCUCGGCUCCAAUCUCAACGACGCCGAAUGGCAAUCGGUUCGCGUCCGUUUCAAUUUCACCCACCUCCAUUUGGCCGUUAAUCAGUUGGAAGCGAUGUAUCCCAUUAAUCCGGUCGAGUCCAUCAAUUCGACGGAAACGAGUUUCGGAAUGACGGUGCUGGGCGGAGCCACUUCUUUCCUGCGGAUCCUGGCCCAAGGAUUGCCGUUUUUCAUUGGUUGUAUGGAGAAUGUCGUCGUCAAUGGCCAGUGGGUCAUUCCCAGCCCUAGUCCGUUAAAUUUAGACGCAACACCAGGAAACAACAACAGCAACAUGCUGCAUUUGCCCGGCGUCGGCGUCGAAAUGGGCUGUCCGCGCACGGAUCACUGCCGACCGAAUCCUUGCCAGAACCAGGGCACUUGUAACGAUUUGUGGACGUUUUUCAACUGUUCGUGCCAGAGGCCUUUCCUGGGCGACACGUGCCAGUUCAGUUACACGGCGGCGACGUUCGGUCACGAGAACGCCACUUCCAGUUUGGUUUCCGUGUCCAUCACGCCGCAAGAGCGACUGGCCCUCUCCAAUUCCAUGGACAUUUCCCUCUUUGUCCGCACUCGAGAAUCGGGUGGUUUGAUCUUUUACCUGGGCACGCCACCAGGUGAUUCGGGCGGGCCGAGUUAUGUGGCCGCCGAAUUGCAAAACGGUCGGCUCUUGGUCGUCGUCGAUUUGGGCGACGGAGAGCUCCUCUUCCCGGCCGCCAAUUCACCGCCACUCAACGACGGCAACAGUCACCUCAUUCAGGUUAUUCGUGACAGACUUCAGUUACGCCUCAAGAUCAAUGGCACCGUCUAUCUGAACGAUUCAUUGACGUCAUUCCGACCGCUGCAAGCGCAGGUUCUCUUUUUAGGAGGAUUACCGCCUUCUGCCCGUCUCCGACGUCAGACGACGCCAUCGAUCGCUUCUCAAUUGGCUUCGGGUCAACAACAGCCGAUCGGCAUCGCCGUCCAAACCAACAACAACAUUUUGGAGGGACGCAACUUCAAAGGCGUCUUGCAAGACAUCCAGAUAAAAAGCGGAAAUAUCACGCGAAUCGUCGAAAUCUUCCCGCUGGAGGUGCCGAGCAGAAACGAACUACCCGACUCCCUGGGCACGGUCCAGCGCAGUGAAGACGUCCUACAGGGCGUCGUCUCCGACAACAAUUGCCGUGACGACCCGUGUUUCAACAGCGGCAACUGCACCAUCACCUGGAACGACUUCCAGUGCAUCUGCCCACCUGGAUUCAAGGGGAAAACUUGCUCCGAACUGGAAUUCUGCGCCAUUCAUCAAUGUCCGACUGGCGGCCAGUGCCACAAUUUGAACGACGGCUACGAAUGUCUGACGAGCGCCACUUUUAACGGCGUCAACAGCACCGUCGAGUACACUAGCGUCGGAAUCGACGGAUCGAACGUCGAGAACCAACUGGAACAGACGGUCCAGUUCUCUUUCCGUUCCAGGCAAGGCGGUACUGUUUUGACGAUCCAAAACGAAGCCAGUCUCCACGUCCGGUUCCUCCGACUGGACAUUGAGAGUCGCGGCAUCGUCAUCCGCUGGAUCGCUAAAAGCGGACUGGUCGUCAACGAAAGUCUCCACGAAUUGCCGGAGGCUCUCGACGGCUCUUGGCAUUCCGUCUCGCUCAAUUUGCCCGGCAACUUCUCCUUGGCCGAACUGGUGGCACCGGAAGGCCAAAUCACCUUGGGCGGAAGUGAAACGGAAACCACAACGGUCCAUUCGCUGGUCGAACGACAAGUGCCAGACGAGACGACCAUCUUGCCCGACCAGAACGAUAACGAAACCGGGCCGGCCGUCAUGUUGAUCCUUCCCGAUUCAGUGCCUUAUCGCGGAUGUCUCAACGAAUUCCGCGUCGGUGGAUUGCUUUUGCCUUUCUUUCCUACUUCGGACCUGUUGAGCGAUCCAUCGGCUCGCAAAUUCCGUCCCGUCAGCGCCGAUCAGCUGACCAAGCUGGAACUGGAAUGCCGAUUGUGUUACGACCACGAAUGCCAAAACGGAGCCAAAUGCCUGGACCCACUGGCCAAUUACACUUGCGACUGUCUGUCCGGCUACGAAGGUGAUCUCUGCCAAAUCAACAUUGACGAAUGCGUCGAUCAUCUUUGCGUCAAUGGCGACUGUCUCGACGGUGUUGCCAAUUACACCUGCACGUGUCGGGCCGGAUGGACCGGAUGGCUGUGUGACGAAGACAUUAACGAAUGCGAACCGGACCCGUGCCAGAACAAUGCCACCUGUGAGAACUUGAUUGGCCGUUACUUUUGUAACUGUACGGAAGAUUACGUCGGCGUCGAUUGCGAGAAGCCGCGCGUCGUCACUUGCGCUAACGAGCCUUGCCGCAACAGCGCCAAUUGCACGGACCUUUUCGAUCCCGUGACUCUUUUGGCCAACAACUACACCUGCCAUUGCCCGUUUGGCUACGACGGAAUCAAUUGCGACAACCAAAUCGAUUUCUGUUUGGUCCUCGAUCCUUGUCGCAACGGCGCAUUCUGCACUGGCGUUUCUUUCGAGCCCGGAUACAUUUGCGAGUGCGACGAAGGAUUCUCUGGCGACCAUUGCGAGAUCGACAUCAACGAAUGCGCUCAACGUCCUUGUCUCAAUGGCGGCCGUUGUAUCGACGGCGUCAACAAUUUCACCUGCGAUUGCACGUCGACCGGCUACGAAGGAUACCUGUGCGAAGUCGACGUUGACGAAUGCCGCCGUGACGAUCCUUGCGUCCGAGGACGAUGCAUCAACUCGGCCGGCAGUUACAGCUGUUUGUGCGAGAGCGAGGAAGAUUGCGGCCGUCAUUGCGAUCGUAAAGAUCCCUGCCGCAUUGUCCCCUUGAACGCAAAUGAAUCUGUGUGUUACAACGGAGCGAAGUGUACGUCCUAUUGUGACGACGUGGACAAGAUGACAGGGUUGCCCGUCUACCGUUGCUCCUGCGCCGACGGAUACGAAGGAGCCGAUUGUUCUCUGCAGAGCACUACCCGACUGGAACCUCAUUUGAAAUUGGUGGCCAUCAUCGUACCGAUCGUAGCGGCUUUGUUGCUGAUCGCCUUGGUGGGUGUCGUCAUUUUCGUGAUGAUGGCGCGGAACAAGCGGGCCACUCGCGGCACUUACAGUCCGUCCAGACAGGAAAUGUUUAGUCCGCGCGUAGAAAUGGGCCAAGUCAUGAAACCUCCACCGGAAGAACGACUCAUUUAAAUAACAACCAAAUGGGUCGAGGCAUUUUUGGAAUUUUCUCGUUAUUUUAUCUAAUCGUCGCUUAUUGACCUUAUUUUUUACUACAACGUAUAGGAAAUGUGUCAGUGUGCCUUUUGUGAAAUAGCAGAAGAGUUUGGUGGAGGAUCUUGUGAUGGUACGCAGAUACUAAAGAAAAACAAAUUUUUAACAGCAUAACAAAAGAGUAACUAAAAAUUCACCUUUCCCUUCAAACCCGACUAUAAUAUCGAGACCUUGGUGCCUUUUUUUUUUUAAAUUGUUUCCGUCGAUUGUAAUCAUAAUUAAGGUUGUACAUUUUUAUCUUUGAAAAGAUGACGAGUUUCGAUCUCCUUUUUUUUCAAAAAAAUAAUCCAAUGGGUGAUCGCUCUCUCUCUCUGUUUGCAUUUUGUUUUUCUUUUAAAGAAAAAAAAAAGACCCUAUUCCCUCCACAACAGUAUAUAAGAUGAAUAAUCUAAUCAUUGGCAAAAGGCAACUUGUUCACGCCACCCCCAACAACAAUGACGUUGCCUCUUGCUCCCUUUCUAACCGCGAUUCCUUUUUGAUUAGAUUCUACAAAAAAAAUGUACAGAGCUGCAGAUGCCCCCUCCCUUUUUUAAUGGUCCGAUCAACGUGUUAUAUAUAGAUAUCCACUUCUCUUUUUAAAAAACAAUUUGCAUUCCAUGUGUAUGUGUGUUUUUUGGGCUUCGUGUGAGCGUCUCCACACAGCCGUCCAUAAAACUAAACCCUUAUUAGCUCGACUCCGUCCGCGUCCCGCCCCGUGUUUACAUGUCUCGCCUUUUUUUUUUUGCAUUUCCAACGAAAUGAAAAUGCCUUUCUUUUUUUUUUGUAAGUGUUAGUAUAAAACCAUUUUUUUUUUUAUCAGUUGAUUUUUUUUUGUUUUUUUGGGAGGGUGGGUUCUUUAUUUUUUAAUUGAAAAUGGUAGACUCGUCUGCCAUGUUUCACUGAUUUGUUUCUUGUCCUUUUUUUUUUUAAUUGUAUGUACCAUCCUUGUGUAAAAGUUACCCCUUUCCUCUUCCUUUAUUGUUUUACAGCAUAACCCGCCCCAGGUUUUUUUCCCAUUAUGUGCUCCGCUCGUAUAUACACCUUUCCGUUGUACAUUGA